AUGGCAAAACUCGAACCCACGAAUGGGGGCUACUACCUCUGGCUCUAUGUCCCCUCAAUGGCUGCGGCCAAAGUCUACCGUGAGCGGACAAGGUUCUGCACACCCUUCACUGUAGGCUGCUUUUUCGAAUUUGUCGGUUAUUGUGCGCGAGCCAGCUCCCACAGGAACACCGGGAAGAUUAUACCAUACUCCAUCCAGAGCGUGUUCAUCCUUCUCGGACCCGCUCUCUUCGCAGCAUCCAUUUAUAUGACCCUCGGCAGAAUCAUCCGCAUCACGAAUGGCCAGCACCACGCGCCUAUCCGCGCUAAUUGGAUGACCAAAAUCUUCGUUAUAUGUGAUGUGCUUUCUUUUCUGGUACAAGGGGGCGCUGCCGGUAUGAUGGUUAGCGGAGAUAAUGCCUCCCUUGGUAAAAACAUCGUCCUGGCUGGACUGUUUAUCCAAAUUAUUGCCUUUGGCCUGUUUGCCCUUUCGGCCGUCAAGUUCCAGAUGAAUAUGUCUGGUAAUCCCACGCAGGCUGCGGUUAUGAAUACGGCCUGGCGACCGUGUCUGUGUAUGCUGUAUAUGUGUGGGUCUGGAACGCCUGAAGCAACAGUGGAUGGCGAGGGCAGCUACACUGCCACUAAAGGCUCGGAAGAGCUGUAUGCCGGCUCUGACUAUGCUGCUGCAAUUCAGGCUGCGGUCGACUCUCUUGCUGAAGGCGAGCGGGUCGCCGUGAUCGCAUCCGGCUCCAUCGGCACGACCACCGUCACCCUUGGCAGCGGUAUCAUCUUCGAAGGUUGCGGUACGAUCGACACCGCAUUCAAUGAGAAUGGCCGUGGUGCGAUCGAGUCCACCGGUACUACGGGCGUUCAGAUCCCGUACCUCACCAUGACCGGCGACCCAUACUUCGGUUUGCUGUUCUACGGCGUCACGGACCUUUCCCUGGGUGAAAUCAACAUGAAUCUCAGCGGCGGCUUGGGUAUUCGCUUCCACCGUGACGAGGACGCCAACUCCAACGUCAGCAUGGACACGAUCAACGUCACCGGAGCUGGCAGCCACGCGGUUGAAAUCUGGAACAUCGACGGCCUUACCAUCGGGUCUGUGAUCGCCAAGGAUGUCGGCGAGUGCGGCCUUUUGAUCCAGAACUCGGUGAACGUCGAAGUCGGCCUCGUUGAUGGCGAUAAUGUCGCGGAAGGCACCGGGUACGCCACUCUUCGCUUCGCCAACACCAACGGCAAACAGGCAGAUGGCAGCUAUGAGACCAAUGUCCACAUUGAGAGCGUGAAGUCUCGUGGUGGUGGUCGCGGAAUCUUCUGUGUGUCGGAGUCUGGAGGAGCUGUCAUCGACAGCAUCGACCUUGAGGAUAACGGCAACAAUGCAAUCCUCAUCGAGAACUGCUAUAACGUUGAAAUUAGCGGCGGUACCGUCCAGGGAGGUGGAGAGGUUCGCCUCAGUGCUCGUGAUGAGUUCGCUGUUACUAGCGACAUUUCGAUCAGCUUGGAGGUUAACGACAACACUGUUACUGAGAGCCCUUGCGGAGAAAACAUCACUUGGGAUAUUACGGGCAAUGCUGAGCUCAAUACCUGUUAA